AUCAUGAGCAAUUAUGGCUGUAAUGGCUGAGCGGCCUAAGCGGUUAAGCGCUAGUUAGCAAUAGAGAAUACAUUUAUGAAUACAAGAUUAAAAAAAAUAUACUCAUCAGUAAUACCAGAAUUGUGAAAAUGAGAAUUAUGACUAGAAAAAAGUAGCUACUACUCAAUUAUCCUUUUGUCAAGAAAAUGUGCCUUUCAAUGUUGUGAUAUCGCGUUAAGAAAAAACUGCCAAAAUGUUUAAAAAAAACAAAAAAGAUAAAGCUAAACUGGAACACAAGCUUUAUCUGGCAAGAGAGACACCAGAGCUUGUGUUUGAUAUUUCUGAAUGUGAUUUAAAGGCAGUUCCUCCAGGCAUCUACUCAUUGUGCAAAGUAUUUCUUAAAGAAAAAUUAGAAUUACAAAAAAAUUCUUUAACAUCUUUGAAUGGAGGUGGUAAUUUAAGUGAUUUAUGUACACUAAAGGUAUUAAACGUUAGUUAUAAUGCAUUAACAUUUCUUCCAAAUGAAAUUGAUCAACUAACUAAUCUUCAGGAAUUAUAUGUCAAUGACAAUCACUUAAAACAACUACCUUCUACAAUUUGUCAUUUAAAGUAUCUUCAAAUUUUUGAUGUUUCAACCAACAAACUAAAAAACUUACCAGAAAAUUUGGGUAGUAUGGUCAGUCUGCAAGAAAUUAACUUAAAAAAUAAUCCAAAAUUACAUGAACUACCUAAAAGUAUCAGCUGUUUACAUAACAUGCAAUGUAUACAAAUUGACAUUACCGGCUUUACCUAUCCACCUGAGGAAAUUGUGAAAAAUGGAACUUCAUCUAUUAUGAAAUUUAUUUGUGAAGAUAUGGGUCAAGUGUAUGUAUCACAGAAUGAACCUACUGAAUUAGAGAGAAGCAAUUCUAAUAAAAGCAUUCCAAGGAGUCUUAGUAAUAGCAUAAAGGCCAGCAUACUGGACUAUGAAAACAAUAAGAGGAAAAAAAUGGUGGAAUUCUUGGAGAUAGAAAAGCACAGGAGUAUAUUACAAAGGCAAGAAUAUGAUUUGGCACAAUCAGUUAAAGUUGAAAAAGAAAGGUUACUUUCUGAUAUAGCAGAACAACAAAAUGAACUUGACAAUAAACUUCUCAAACUCCAACAAGAACGGGAAAAGGAAAGAUUCAGGCUUAUAGAACAACUUCAAGAAGUUGAAGAUAAAGCAAAUGUUGCUGUUAACCAAUUGUUAUUGUUAAAUAGACAACCAUUAACAAAAUUAUUAGAACAAGAAAAAUUGGAAGAACAGCGACUUAUGGAAGUCGCAGGAAAACAAUAUGACAACUUGGAGAAAAUUAAGAUACUUGCAGAUAUGGAAGAGGUACUCUACCAAGAAAGUGAAAAGUUCAAGAAAUUCGGAGAGUUUCGCAUUCAGAUGGCCAAAAAUGUAUUAAACGAUGAAAUGGAAUUAGACAAACAUUUGGUCGAUGUAUUGAGUAAUCAAGAUUUACAAAAAACUGAACUAAUUUCUAAAUUAGAAGAAGAUACUUUACUUCAAAAGGCAGCUGUCAGUACUCUUUUAGAAAGAUCCGAUGCUCGAAGCUGGGCUUUAAGGCAGGAAAUGAGACUAGUAGAGGGACAGUUGGCUGCUUUAACUGCUAUAGAAUUAGAUAGGAAACGACUGAAGAUGGAUGAACAUUUGUAUGAUUUAGCGGAAAAACGUGAAAAUUUAUCUUAUGUAUUGUUGAAGUUAUAUGAAGAACAAAACCAACGGAGAGCUGAACUUUUGUCAGCUUUAAAUAAUGUGGAGGAGUUUAGCAACACUUCCGAAAAUUUUUGGCUACAACAGUACCAGCGUCUAUUAGAAAGAAUGCCCAAUAACUUGUCUGAAACUCAGAAAAAUGUAAACCAAAGACUUGCUCAAAGACUUCUCUUAGCAGGAGUUAUUCAGUACCUACCGAUGCUUUGUAAGAUCAUUCAAGAUGAAGACAUGUUAAGAAGGGUAACCGAAAAGGAUAUUAUUGAAGCGGGUGUGGUAAAUCCGAAUCACUGUUUAAAAAUUUAUGAAGAACUGAGGUUAUAUGUAGACAGCUAUCUAUGUGGUAGAAGUACCGAACCAUCUGCACCCUCGGCUGAAGAAGCUGCCGGGCCCAGUGCUCCACCCCUUAACAUUUUCCCCGAAACCGGUUUAGGCGAGUGCAUAGUCUGCAUGGAAUUUAAGUGUGAAACAAUUUUUGUACCAUGUGGACAUUACUGCUGUUGCACAAAUUGUUCUAAUGUGAUAUCGGCUUGUCCUCUUUGUAGAACAAGCAUAAAGCAUAAAGUUUACAAUAUUAAUUAACACGAAGCCCCUUUUUAUAAUCUACUUCUAUACACAAUACAAUAUAAAAAUUGUUUGAAAUAUUCUUUAAAGACAUUUUUUGAUCUUUUAAGUGUUGGUGAGGUUUCCACUUGCUGAAGUAUUGACUAUGGAAUUUUUAAUUAAUUCACAUAUAAUCACUUCUUCAUUAAAGCUAUUAUGAAUUGUAAAUAAUAUUUAUUAAGAAAACUACUGUUUUGUAGUAGGUGCUUAUUCCAUUAUUUAAGUGUGCAAAUAUUGAAUAAAUUUUU